CUUCAGCAACGUACAAAACCAAGCUGGACUGGUGAAAGAUUAGAUAGUACACAAUUACAACGUUGUUUAACAACAUUGGAUAUAACAUUAUUAGGCAUUGGACAUAUGGUUGGUUCCGGUGCUUAUGUAUUAACAUCAUCUAUUGCAAAAAAUGUUGCCGGUCCAGCCAUUGUAUUGUCAUAUAUAUUGGCCGGUUUUGCUGCAUUUCUUUGUGCAUUAUGUUAUGCAGAAUUUUCAUCACGUUUUCCAAAAUGUGGUUCAGCUUAUUCAUACGCAUACAUUGCAUUAGGAGAAAUUUGGGCAUUUAUCGUUGGCUGGAAUAUGAUUCUUGAAAAUAUUAUCGGAAUUGCAGCCGUUAGCCGGGCAUCAUCAGCAUAUCUAGAUUCAACAAUAGGCGGUGAAAUACGUAAUUAUACAAAUUCAUGGAUUGCACCAUUAUUGGGUGAAACAUUAACCGGACAUAUGGAUAUAAUGUCUGGUUUGAUUGCCAUUGGAUUCGCUGUGUUUUUAACAUCUGGAAUGAAAGUAACAACAUAUAUUAAUAAUACAUUUUCGAUAAUCAAUAUGAUUGUCAUCAUCAUUAUUAUUGUGGUUGGUGGUUAUUAUUCUGAUUUUUCAAAUUGGCAAAACGAUCAUGGUGGUUUUAUGCCUUUUGGUUGGAAAGGUGUAUUCGCUGGUAGUGCAUCUUGUUUCUAUGCAUUCAUUGGAUUCGAUUCAAUUGCAACAAGCGGUGAAGAAGCACGUGAUCCACAACGUUCAAUUCCUAUUGCUACAUUUGUUGCCAUGACUGUUGCAUCUAUUUCAUAUGUUGGUGUAUCAUCAGUGUUAACAUUGAUGUUUCCAUAUGAUCAAAUAUCAGAAGAAUCUGGUUUACCUGAUGCCCUUGGUAAAUUCUCUUCUUCAGCUAAAUUGGCCGUCAUUAUUGGAGCCUGUUGUGGUAUGGCCACUGUAUUGAUUGGUACAAUCUAUUCAUUGACAAGAAUUGUUUAUGCUAUGGCCGAUGAUGGAUUAUUAUUUCCAUGGAUGAGUUAUGUGAAUUCAAAAUCACAGAUACCAUUAAUGGCCAUGUUUUUCUUUACUGGUUUUGGUGUUAUAAUGGCCAUAUUUAUGGAUAUAACAACAUUGGUUGAAAUGAUGUCAAUUGGUACAUUGAUUGCUUAUCUUGUUGUAAGUGCAUCGGUUAUUGUUGUUCGUUAUCGACGGCCACCAAAUAUUGUACAAUUGAAUAUUGAUAUUGAAGAUGAUUCUGCUGCUGCUGCUGCUGCUGCCGCUUUAGCUGAACAGCAGCAACAACAACAACAACAACAGCAACAAAAAAAAUCGGAAACGAAAAAAAUUACCGAACAUGAACGUUUACUUGAUAAUGAUGACGACGAAGAUGAUGAUGAUGAUGAUGAUGAUGAUGGUAGUGGUGGUGGUGGUGGCAAUAAUGUACGAAACCAUAAUCCAUUACGGGAUACAUUCAAAGGUUUAUUCAACAAACAAUUAGUAUUGACCAGUUUGAAUAAUUAUUUUCAUGAUUCACUGAUCUCGAUCUGUGUUCUAUCCAUUGUCAUAUUGUCAACAUUAUUCUGUUUGACAUGCAAAUUAUUCCAAAAGGAUAUUGAUGAAAAAUUUCUUUCAUUCAUAUUAAGCUUGAUUACAACAUUAUUAAUUGUAUUAAUAUCAAUUAUUAAUAUGCAUAAACAAAAUAUGGAAAAUCUACGUUAUAAAGUACCAUUUGUACCAUUCAUACCGAUUUUGUCAAUUUUUUUCAAUGUUUCAUUAAUCGUUAAUCUUAAUUGGCUAACAUGGAUGCGUUUCAUUAUUUGGAUGGCCAUUGGCCUUUCCGUUUAUUUCUUUUAUGGUAUCAAAUCCAGUAAAGCUGAAUAUAAUGCCGAAUUACGGGAAAAAAUUAAUGUUGACAAUAUUAAAAAAUGGAAUUCAUUUGAUUCUACUAGUCAAAAUGAAGAUAUUCUUAUGGCCAGAGAUUAAUAAUAAUAUUAUUUUUUUUUUUCGGUCAAAAAUUAAAAUAUUUUUCCAUUCCCAUCAUCAUCAUUAUCAUUAUCAUUUCAUGAAUUUCGACCUAUAAUUUCAAAUGGUCCCCAAGAGUCGCGUCAAAAACUGAAACCAAAUGAAAAUUUUUUUUUGUCCACAAUCAAUUUCAAAUGGCACAAAU